AUGGGAGAUAGACUGCAUUACUUGCGGUGGAAGCCUACUAUCACGGCUCCUUCCCCGAAUAACCCAUCUAAUAACGCACGACUCAGACAACAAGUGCCUGUUUCAAGUCCAUCGACCAGCGCUACCAGUGGUCUCCAAGGCCAAGGCACUGCUCGGUAUGUGAGGGGCUCAUAUACAUUGUUUUCUGGCUACAAUAUAGACCAGAUCAAUGGCAUCUUGGUCAGUGAUGACGGCAAUGGCUUUUUGCUGGCUGUACCGCCUGAAGCCUCGUUGCGUUCAACCGCUCCAGAGGCUGGGUCAAGCUCCGCUCGAAGAGAAACAAGGCCUACAGGACAUUCUUCAAGAAUCUCUGAUUAUGAAAUAGCAAAAGAGGAACAGGAUUUCGAGGACGCUAUCCAGAACUCACUUAAAGACCAUAGGACUCCUGUCGCAGUCCCUCGUGUCCGUGGUCAGCGUAGUAGUACUGUUGCCGAUCGGCCUUCUGCAGCUUCCCAUCGCCCCCAGCAGCCCUUCAAUAUUCAAACUCUCUGGAGAUUGUACCAAGAACAGCAAGAGACCAGCGCUGCUAGGCAGCAACCGGCCCCAGCGAUUCGGCGCGGCCUGCUGCGCCCAUCAGCACAUAAGAUAACCUGCACUAUCUGCAGUGGCAGUCGAGCUGUCCGUCGGGAUGAAGCGAUCGCCGAUGGCCUGCCUAUUUGCGAAAGUUGCUGUGAUGAAAUAUUACGAGCAGAGCAGUCGAGAGCCGAGCAGGUUGAAAGAGAGAGGCGAGUUCGUUUUGCUUAA